GUUAACCAGACCAACUCGACUGCGGAGCUGUCUGUGGGUCCAUCGAUGUAGAUCCAGGAAGCCCUACCAGGCCACAAUGUUUCUACCUUUUCGCACAGCCGCAUGGACAUCUAUUUAUCGUGUCGCCCCGUAGCCACUGCAGGACUGCGAGCCGGGACACAUGUGGACCCGCAGGGAGGAGGACCGUCAGCUUCAGCGCCGAUAAAAUGGUGUUUGUUGUGUUCUGACUCCCAGUGAAGCGUUCCCAUCCUGGCAUCACCACUAAACUUUCAAAAUGAGGAUCUUCGCGUAUCUCCUGAAAAACACUAACCCCAAAAUCGAGUAUUACUCGAGAUUCUCUCCGUCGCCGCUCUCCAUUAAGCAGUUUUUGGAUUUCGGCAGGGACAACGCCUGUGAGAAGACGUCCUACGUUUUCCUGCGCAAGGAGCUGCCUGUGCGACUGGCCAACACCAUGAGAGAGGUCAACCUGCUGCCGGACAAACUGCUGAGUCAGCCCUCCGUUAGGCUGGUCCAGAAAUGGUACAUGCAGAGCUUCGUGGAGCUGCUGGAUUACGAGAACCGAAAGCCCGAAGACCCUCACGCUCUGAACGAUUUCCUGGACCUGCUGAUCGAGAUCCGCAACCGCCACAACGACGUGGUCCCGACCAUGGCUCAGGGGGUCAUCGAGUACAAGGAGAAGUUCGGCUUCGACCCCUUCAUCAGCAGCAACGUCCAGUAUUUCCUCGACCGCUUUUACACCAACCGCAUCUCCUUCCGCAUGCUAAUCAACCAGCACACUCUCCUGUUCGGUAACGACACCAACCCCGCUCACCCAAAGCACAUAGGCAGCAUCGACCCCACCUGCAACGUGUCCGAAGUCGUCAGAGAUGCCUAUGACACGGCCAAGAUGCUGUGCGAGAAGUACUACUUGGCCGCUCCUGACCUCAAGAUUGAAGAAUUCAACAUGAAGGCCCCUACAAAGCCCAUCCAAGUGGUGUAUGUGCCCUCUCAUCUGUUCCACAUGCUGUUUGAGCUCUUCAAGAACUCGAUGAGAGCCGCCGUGGAGCUUCACGAAAACAAUAACGACGGACUGCCGCCAGUGAAGGCAAAAGUGACUCUGGGUAAAGAGGACCUCUCAAUAAAGAUCAGUGACCGAGGCGGAGGAGUUCCUCUGAGGAAGAUAGACCGCCUGUUUAACUACAUGUACUCCACUGCCCCUACGCCGAGUCUGGAGCCAGGAGCCGUCCCACUGGCUGGCUUUGGCUACGGUCUGCCCAUCUCCAGGCUCUAUGCCCGCUACUUCCAGGGGGACCUGAAGCUGUACUCCAUGGAGGGCGUCGGCACCGAUGCUGUCAUCUAUCUGAAGGCGCUGUCCAGCGAGUCCUUCGAGCGCCUGCCCGUCUUCAACAAGUCGGCGUGGCGCCAUUACAAGACCAGCGCCGAGGCCGACGACUGGAGCAACCCCAGCAAGGAGCCCCGCGACGCCAGCAAGUCCACAUACAAAGCCAACAGAUAACUGAUAACCCCCCCCCCCCCCGCUGGGACCAGAGCGCCCGCACCCUGCCUGGGGCGUGAUGAUGGAACGUUGCCCUUGGGUCAACGCUCGCUUUGGGAAUUUGACUUUUACAUUCCGGGGGUCAACACUCUGGAACAGAUGGAUGACCUCGACUUAAAUCUGAACCCAAUGGCAAUGAGCUUCAUCAGCGUAGCUUUGGUUGUUGUGACGUUAACAGUGGGUCUCCCUAGUUACCAGCCUCCUCCAUCCCUGCUGUACAAACCUGUUAAAAGAACCUGGGUAUUUUAGUACUAGAUUCCAUUUUCUCUCCGCUACUUCGGCCUGAACUCAUCGCAUCGCUGUAACCUCAUCCCGCUGUCUCUUGCGCGGUCUGGCCUGCCGGUUCGCUGCCCAGACUGCUGCUCCCCGUGGCUAAAAGCGCUGUGCUCUGCUGACUGCGUGUUUUUCUCGCCACCAACACAGGCCUGUAUUCGGUUUCUCCCUCUAAAACACAAGCACAGUCCGGGGGGGUGAGUUUCAGUGUGAAUGGGGGGAGGAGCAGGCUCCAUUCCCUUCCUUCGGGAGACGCUUUUGAGUCGAAGCACAAUCAGGGCCAGCGUGUCGCUUUGUGGUGAGGACUUGUUUGGGUGGCAGGCACUUAUUACUGAGAAAAUUAUAUCUCUGCCCCAAGAAUAAUUGGAAAAAUUGCACCAGGAUGUGAAAGCCAGGGUUUAAAUUUUAUGCCACAGUUACUUGAAGAAUCCUAUACCAAGUUAUUUUCCAGCGCAUUUCAGCCUUCUUUAACUUUACUCAUGGAAGCAAACCCACGCAGACUGUUAACGAGCAGCGCUGCCUCUCGCUGACCCUGGUUGUACGACGACUAAAGGCCAACGCGCCCGCUUUGCCUGUUCAGCAGCUUCACCGGCUCCAGCUCCACGGGCCGGACAGGAAUUGAUCUGAUGCAUCUAAUACGGUCGCUUAAAGUGGCAUUAGCUAAUUACAUGCACUUUUAGCGUGUGUGUGUGUGUGUUGGAAGACGGCACUUUUAUUUUGUAGUGAUGAACAAAGAACGACGGCUAGGAAAUGCAGGCGGAAUAUAGAGCUGAUUUUUAAACAAAGACUUCAAAGGUUAAUGGAGUACUUGCACUUUUUUUAUUUUCACAGUCCAAUAGAACAUUUAAAUUAAAUGUUCCUGGACAGACUUAUUUCUUUUUAUUUAUCCAGUUGAGGAGUAAAUUUUUAAUAAAGCUGGCAAAGUAGUUGAAGUAGCCAAGCUCCAAACCACUGAACUGUAUCAGUGCACUUUACCACCUUUAUAGAGAUUCUUAAUCAAGGAUGUAUUUGUCGAUCAGCACUUUAUACUGUAACAGCUUUAUUUUAGAGCUAGCUACUGAAAAAGACCAAGCUUUCAUCCAACACGGCCCAAACCCAGUAGAAGAGUUGGUUGAGACUGGCCGAUGGGGGUGUCAGCAUUCUGAAGUGACUUCCUUUUCUCAUCUCUUGUAGCGCUGCCCGAUGUGAAACGAGUGUAGACGGAGACGUUUGAAAGACGCUUCCGCGUGGAGAGUUUCCUCGUCCCGAAUGUCCUUCGUUUCGCAGGCACAACUCUUUAAGAUUUCACCCACGGUGUCAUGACCUGCUGUAAAUGAAGCGUUGUGCUUUAAGCUCAACACGUUUCAUACGUGGUCUCUCUCAUUGAACAGCUAGUGAUCUCUGUAGAUUAAUGUAAAAUAGACGCCAGAGGAACUUCAACCUUCAGUAGUUCAGUAGACUGUCUCUCUGGUUCUGGUGUUUUAGAGAAUACUCCUUGUUUACCUGCGUGUGAUGUCUUUGCAGCCAGUGUGGAGUGAUUGUGUUUCUCAUCCAGCUUAAACAAAGUGUCACUGUGGAGGCAUUCGUGCAAACGUUCACAAAUAGCAACACCAACACGGUAAUAGAGCAGUCUAAUCUGAUUCAGCAUGAGAUCAACGUACAGUCACUCAGUAUUGUCGAGACUGACAAUAAAAAUAAUUGCUGUUG